CCUUCCUCCUACUUUACGUGGAGACUGGGAGUUGCGACCGGGUCGCAGAGAUAGUGAGUUGGUACCAAACCCUCCAUGCCACGCACACCAUUAUAAAGCAGACAAAAAAUUGAAGAAAAAAAAAAAAACUAACCCAUUACUGGCCAUUACCCAUGGUGGCAUUGGCCAAUACCCAUUUUGCGAUUUGUUCUUCCUCGUCUUCCAUUUCCAUUUUCGUUUCCAGUUUCUUGUCCAGAGCUACCAGACGACCUCCGCUUUCUUUUCCUCCACUUCUUACACCGACGACAGCUCGCUCCACUUCCGUUUGCUUCUCCACUCUCUCAAAUAUGGAUGGCACUGCAGGCCCUACUCUGUUUCCAUUGCAUCGGUGUAAAACUUUGCACCUGGUGAGACAUGCUCAAGGAAUUCACAAUGUGGAAGGUGAAAAGGACCGUAAAGCAUAUCUAUCUCCAAAACUUUUUGAUGCACACCUUACCCCCCUGGGGUGGCAGCAGGUUGAUAAUUUGCGUAAGCAUGUUCACUCAUCUGGAAUCGCCAAGAACAUUGAAUUAGUUAUUACAUCUCCUCUGCUAAGGACAAUGCAAACAGCUGUUGGAGUAUUUGGUGGGGAGAGCUAUGUAGAUGGGGUGAAGGCACCUCCACUAAUGGUCUCAAAUGCUGGGAAUAGUGACCGUCCUGCAAUUUCAAGUAUAGAUUGUCCACCGUUUCUUGCCGUGGAGCUUUGUCGAGAACACUUGGGAGUUCACCCAUGUGAUCAGAGAAGAAGCAUUCAAGAGUAUAAGCCUCUUUUUCCUGCCAUUGAUUUUUCCCAGAUAGAAAGUGAUGAGGACAUUUUGUGGAAGGCGGACUAUAGAGAGGCAAAGGAAGAAGUUGGAGCUAGGGGAAUGGAGUUUAUUAACUGGUUGUGGACACGACAAGAGAAGGAGAUUGCAGUUGUUACUCACAGCGUAUUCAUGUUUCAUACCCUAAGUAAUUUUGGAAAUGACUGUCAUCCAGGGGUGAAGAAAGAGCUCUGCAAACACUAUGCUAAUUGCGAGCUCCUCUCCGUGGUGAUUGCUGACAGAGGUAUGAGAGGGUCAGACAUCUCCAAGACCAAUUUUCCAGGGAAAAUUCCUGGUGGACCUGAUCCCCCCAGCGAAGUUGCAGAUGAGUAUCAGAAAAAGAAGGGAGUUCCUAAUUCUUCAGCCUAAUUGCUGGGCAAGUUGGAUGUUGAAAUCUCACUCACCCAUAAUAGCAUUCUUGGGAAGUGGGUAUGAAGGUUCCUGCUUCAUUUAGGAUAUAAACCAUUCUGGUUUUUUCAGGCAAUACCAAUAAUCUUGAACAGAGUUAUGCCAUUCAGAGAUAAUGGUAGGCAUUGAUUGUUUUAUGAGGUGAAGUCUGACACAUUCUAGCAGAAGAGUUGGAUUAAACUUCUAUUACAGGAUUAGAAUUGAAUUCAUGUUCUUGGGUAGUUUGUUCUCUGUGCCAGCAGCAGGAAGAUUCUAUCAAAUUUUCCCUUUUGUUAGGGAAACAAUACUACUAAGUUAUAGUUCUUAAAUAUUGCAAGUUUAUUCCUUUUA